GAUCAGAGUGCCAUAUAAAAUAGGAAUAAGCUGAAGGGUUUGUUAGUGAUGGGCAUGCAAGCAAUAAAGUAUAUGAACGUGUAGGAGAGUCUUCGAACACCUAUGUGAUUGAUCAAAGCUCCUACGUGCCCCCCAUUUCUGCCUCUAAGUUGGUGGAAAAAAUAAAUUUCAUGAAUGAUUACAACCUUCCUUCAAUGUUUCUUUAUUCUAUUGCAAAAAUUUUAUGCUACCUUUGUAUCUUAGAAACCCAACAAGUCUGCCUAUAUGAUCCAUCGGGUCUUUUUUUUUUGUCAGCUGCUGGUAUAGUAUGCUGCUUUUUCCAUGUGGGCAUCUCACCUGAAGAGUUUUUCUGAAGCGUUGAUCAGCAUUUCUUCAAGAAUUGAACUUAUGUUUUUCUGAAGCAGUCAGCACAAGAUAAUGGCAUCCCAAUCCAGCAAACCAUCAAAGACUGCCAUACGCAGCCCCAGGGAUUCUAAUGCUUCUCAUGGCAACCAGAAUCCAAGCAAGCAAACUGUUAAAUUUGCAAGACGGACUUUGAGCGGGAGGUAUGUCAAUCUGUCAAGAGACGACAUUGAUAUGUCGGGAGAGAUAUCAGGGGACUUGAUGAACUACACUGUGCACAUUCCUCCUACACCAGACAACCAGCAAAUGGACUUUUCUUUGGCAGUGAAGGCUGAAGAGCAAUACGUUUCAAAUUCUUUGUAUACUGCAUGUUCUAUGCAGGCCUGUGAUGGCAAAAUUAUGAAGGAUGAGAGGGGAGCUGAUGUAAUCCCUUGUGAUUGCAGAUUCAAAAUUUGCAGAGAUUGCUACAUUGAUGCCCAAAAAGAAACUGGCCUAUGUCCAGGUUGCAAGGAACUGUAUAAAGUCGGGGAUUAUGAGGAUGAUGCAUCCAAUUUUUCAAGUGGAGUAUUCCCAUUGCCAGACCCAGAUGGCUUGAAAAGGGAUGCUAAUAAUAUGUCUAUGAUGAAGGCAAACCGCAGCGGAGAACUUGAUCACAACCAGUGGUUGUUUGAGACGAAGGGUACUAACGGAGUUGGCAGUGCCUUUUGGCCUGAAGAUGACACAUACGUGGGUGAUGAGAAUGAUGGAUUCAAAGGAGGCGCGAUGGAAUCAAUGGACAAGCCGUGGAAGCCCCUAAGUCGGAAAUUGCCAAUCCCAGCAAGCAUCAUUAGCCCUUACAGGUUACUGAUCUUGGUUCGGCUCAUUGUGAUGUGUUUCUUCUUGCAAUGGAGAAUAAAACACCCAAACGAGGAUGCAGUGUUGUUGUGGCUCAUGUCAGUGGUGUGUGAGAUAUGGUUUGCCUUCUCUUGGCUCCUUGACCAGAUUCCCAAGCUCUGCCCCAUCAACCGUUCAACAGACCUUCAAGUCCUUCAUGACAAGUUUGAUAUACCAUUGCCAUCUAAUCCCACUGGUCGCUCCGAUCUUCCCGGUGUCGACCUGUUUGUCUCCACGGCUGAUCCUGAAAAAGAGCCACCUCUAGUCACCGCCAACACUAUCCUUUCAAUUCUAGCUGUUGAUUACCCAGUGGAAAAGCUUGCAUGUUACGUUUCUGAUGAUGGAGGUUCCCUCCUCACCUUUGAGGCUAUGGCUGAGGCUGCAAGUUUUGCCGAUUCAUGGGUUCCUUUCUGUCGAAAACAUGGUAUUGAGCCAAGAAAUCCUGAAAGCUACUUCAGCUUGAAAGUUGACCCAACCAAGAACAAGAUCAGGUCAGAUUUCGUGAAGGAUAGGAGGAAGAUCAAGAGGGAGUACGACGAAUUCAAGGUCAGAAUUAAUGGGCUUCCAGACUCAAUUAGGAGGAGAUCAGACGCAUUCAAUGCGAGGGAGGAAAUAAAGAUGUUGAAGCUCAUGAGGGAGAGAGGGCCUGACCCUUUGAAGCCAAUUAUAAAAGCCCAGAAAGCCACAUGGAUGGCGGAUGGCACCCAUUGGCCUGGCACUUGGUCCGUCCCUGCUAGUGAACAUUCCAAAGGUGACCACGCAGGAAUUCUUCAGGUAACUUCAUUUCAAUCUUCGUCAAAAGAAUACCAAAUCCUUAUUGCCCAUCAACACUUCACAAUAUUACCAAACUUUUGACAGGUGAUGCUGAAGCCCCCAAGCAAUGACCCACUAAUGGGAGGUGUAGACGAUAAGAUCAUAGACUUCACAGAUGUGGACAUACGCCUCCCCAUGUUUGUAUAUGUAUCACGUGAGAAGCGACCAGGCUAUGAUCAUAACAAGAAAGCUGGUGCAAUGAACGCCCUGGUACGAACAUCGGCUAUCCUAUCCAAUGGCCCAUUUAUUCUCAACCUUGAUUGUGACCACUACAUAUACAACUGCAAAGCUAUUUGCGAAGGAAUGUGCUUCAUGAUGGAUCGAGGUGGCGAGAACAUCUGCUACAUUCAGUUCCCACAGAGAUUCGAAGGCAUCGAUCCUUCCGACCGCUAUGCCAAUCACAACACCGUCUUCUUCGACGGCAACAUGCGUGCGCUUGAUGGUGUGCAGGGCCCAGUUUAUGUGGGAACUGGCUGCAUGUUCAGGAGGUUAGCACUGUACGGUUUCGACCCACCACAACCUGAAAAGUAUGCUGAAAAGACAGACUUUGAGAACGAGGCUUUGAGGCCCACCAACUAUGAUCAUGAGCUAGACGUAAAUCUGCUGCCCAAGCGUUUUGGAAACUCUACAAUGCUGGCUGAAUCAAUACCCAUAGCUGAGUACCAAGGUCGCCCCCUUGCAGAUCAUCCUGCCGUCAAGUAUGGGCGGCCUCCUGGUGCUCUAAGAGUCCCACGUGAGCCACUUGAUGCUGCUGCUGUUGCUGAAGCCGUCUCCGUUAUUUCUUGCUGGUACGAGGACAAGACAGAAUGGGGUGACAGGGUGGGAUGGAUUUAUGGCUCAGUAACUGAAGACGUGGUGACAGGCUACCGCAUGCACAACCGUGGAUGGCGCUCAGUCUACUGCAUCACUAAUCGUGAUGCAUUUCGUGGGUCAGCACCAAUUAACCUGACUGAUCGACUUCACCAGGUGCUUCGUUGGGCCACUGGCUCCGUUGAGAUUUUCUUCUCUAGAAACAAUGCCUUACUUGGCUCCAGGCGCCUCAAGUUUUUCCAGCGUAUGGCUUACCUAAAUGUUGGCAUUUACCCUUUCACCUCUGUGUUCCUCAUCGUCUAUUGCUUCCUCCCAGCACUCUCACUUUUUUCUGGACAGUUCAUAGUCCGAGAUCUAAACACCGCAUUCUUAAUCUACCUACUCAUCAUAGUAGUAUGCCUCAUCGCCCUGGCCAUCCUAGAGGUGAAAUGGUCCGGUGUGGGAUUGGAAGAGUGGUGGAGGAAUGAACAGUUCUGGCUCAUUUCUGGAACAAGCUCUCACUUGGCUGCUGUUGUCCAAGGACUUCUCAAGAUGAUUGCAGGGGUUGAAAUAUCUUUCACAUUGACUUCCAAGUCAGCAGGAGAGGAUAUUGACGAUAUCUAUGCAGACUUGUAUCUUGUGAAGUGGACCUCAUUGAUGAUUCCACCAAUUGUCAUUGCGAUGCUGAAUAUAGUCGGGAUUGCUGUUGCAUUUUCAAGGACCAUUUACAGCACGUCCCCUCAAUGGAGUAAGUUCAUUGGUGGAGCAUUCUUUAGCUUCUGGGUGUUGGCUCAUCUGUAUCCUUUUGCCAAAGGUUUGAUGGGGAGGAGAGGGAAGACACCAACUAUUGUGUUUGUUUGGUCAGGUCUCAUCGCAAUUACACUUUCCUUGCUCUGGAUUGCUAUUAACCCGCCUAACGGAGGCUCAACGCAAGGCAUUGGAGGAGGUUUUCAAUUCCCAUGAUGAACUUAAAUGAUCAUAGUUAGAGUGAAGCAAAAAGGCUUAGUGACAAGAAACUAUCUGAUAAACCCUACAAAUUUCUUAAUAGUGAAGAUGAAUUUGCAUUAUUCUUUCCCUUGGCUAUCCUCAGACUUUAAGAAAGUCAAAAAUAGAUAUAUGCAGAAGGGGUUUAUACAGAGUGGAGUCUGUUGAAAGACAGCCUAAAGGAAUUUGAAAGACCUUAUGGACUAAUUU